GAAUCAACAGAUGUAGAGAAAUUAAUUGAUAAGUGUGUUAAAAAAAUCAUUGAAGAUUUAGAGGCAUACCAAAAAAACGGAAGUGGAUGGUAUUUUAAAGAAGUGGUUCAACUUGAAAUUCAUACUUCUGAGUUUAAUCCAAUGAAUGGGUCAUCUUACAUUCCUCUUCCAGAUUGGAUAUCAGAUAAAAAAGCAAUAGUUAAUAUUGAAAACAAAGAAGAGAAAUGCUUUAUUUGGUGUAUACUUAGAUAUCUUCAUCCAAGAAAAGUUAAUGAUACCCGAUUAACAGAUUUAAAGAAGUAUGAGAAUUCUCUUAACACCGAAGGAAUUAAUUUUCCAAUGAAAUUAAAACAUAUUUCCAAAUUUGAAAAACUUAACCCAUCUCUUCCAGGAAUAAAUGUUUUUUCAGUUAAUGAUAACAAAAAGUUUUACCCUUUGAGGAUGGCGGAGAAAGAUUGUUUAAAUACUAUUGACUUGUUUUUCUAUGAACAAGAUGGUGCUUCACAUUAUUCACUAAUUAAAAGCUUUACUCGUUUGGUUGAAUCGCAAAUAACUUCAAGUAAGAGUGGUUCAUUUUAUAUUUGUAAGAAAUGCUUUACUCAUUUUACUAAGUAUGAAUUAUUACAAAAACACAUUACAUAUUGUUCAUCGAAUGAAACAGUUUCUGUGAAAAUGCCGCCACAAAACACGAUGUUAGGUUUUAAAAAUUACCACAAACAGUUGCCAAUUCCUUUUGUAGUUUAUGCAGAUUUUGAAUGCUUUACUAAACCAAUAAAUACUUGUAGUCCAAACCCGGAAAAAUCAUAUAAUUACAAGUACCAAAAGCAUGAACCAUCAGGAUUUUGUUUUUACAUCAAA